AUGGCUUCUAUCAACCCAGAGUGGAAUGAAUUUCGCAAGAAGAACCCUGAUCUCCGCCAUGACGAUGACCAGCGAAACGAUCUUUUCUAUGCAAGUCCAGCCGGUCAAGCUCUUGCUAACAAAGUCUCCGUAACGAAUGCAACCAUUCCAGCCCGUGACGAGUUCCAGAUUCCUAUUCGUAUCUAUACUGCCAAAGGGAGUAGAGUCUGUCGUGGAAUUGUCGUCUUCUUCCACUCCGGAGGUUUUACUGGUGGUUCCUUAGAGACAGAAGAUGUCUCCUGUCGAUACAUGGCUCUCAAUGCUCCAGUUACAGUGAUCAGUGUAGAAUACCGCCUGAGUCCAGCAUACAAAUACCCCAUCCCGAUGAACGACGGGAUUGACGCAUUUCAAUACAUCGCGAGCAACGUACAACAGUUCAUCGCACAAGCAACUGAGCCUGUCAAGUUAGUUCUCAGCGGGACUUCCUCAGGAGGUCAUCUAGCAGCAAUCGUUUCCCAGAACGCACGCAACUGGUUCCAGAUGCCUCAAAACGGGAAGCUGGCCAGCCAGGUCCAAAUAAGCGGCGUCCUGCUCCGCGCCCCGGUGACCGUUAAUGCAGUGGACGGUGGAACCCACGUUCCUCCCGUGUAUAAAAUCCUUCAUCAAUCCUGGAUGAUGCAGUACGAAGGGGCAGACUUGGACCGGCUGAGCAUGACGUAUAACCAUGAUUCACUCGGCGUUCCUGCCAACGAGAAGACAAGCCCCGAGGCGUACCCUCUUUGGGGCAAUCUUGCGGGCCUGCCAAAGACCUACAUCCAGAUCUGCGAGCUGGAUAUUCUCCGCGAUGAUGCAGUUUGCUACGCGCGCGGACUUCAAAAGGCUGGUGUUGAAGUCAGGCAGGACUUUUACGAGGGCCUCCAUCAUAUCUUCUGGAUAUAUGGCCAGGAUUUGGGUAUUUCAAAACGGGCGCAAGACGACUGCGUGCGGGGGCUGGAAUGGUUACUUGAUAACUUAGAAGGUGGUAAGGAUCAAGUUAAGCAUUACUAG